GAUAAACAGUGUAAAAUGAUCAUGUUGCCUUUGACAUCAGCUCCGCCCAUGGAGAACGGUGAUGCAGAGAUGGCAACAGAUGACACCUGGGAGCAGAAAGGGAGUGAGCCUAGCAAAGCUGAGGCAGAGCCAGGAGGCAGCCCUGGAGGAGAUCGGGGUCAGGCUGAUGAAGACUCCCCUCAAGAGGAAGGAAUGGAGGAGGAGGAAGAAGUAGUGCCAACACCUAAAGUAGUCCCCACACAGCCAAAUGCCCCCAAGAAGGAACAUGUUAACGUGGUCUUCAUUGGCCAUGUCGAUGCUGGCAAGUCAACUAUUGGAGGACAAAUCAUGUAUUUAACAGGAAUGGUGGAUAAACGAACUCUGGAGAAGUAUGAGAGAGAAGCCAAGGAGAAGAACAGGGAAACUUGGUACCUCUCUUGGGCCCUUGACACAAACCAGGAGGAAAGAGACAAAGGAAAGACUGUGGAAGUCGGACGUGCAUACUUUGAGACCGAGGAAAAGCACUUUACCAUUCUGGAUGCACCAGGCCACAAAAGCUUCGUGCCCAACAUGAUUGGUGGAGCUUCACAGGCUGAUUUGGCAGUGCUGGUAAUCUCUGCAAGGAAAGGAGAGUUUGAAACGGGCUUUGAGAAAGGAGGCCAGACGCGGGAGCAUGCCAUGUUGGCCAAAACUGCUGGAGUCAAGCAUUUGAUUGUACUUGUAAACAAAAUGGAUGAUCCAACAGUGAACUGGAGUCUGGAGAGGUACGAAGAAUGCAAGGAGAAACUUGUUCCGUUUUUAAAGAAAGUCGGGUUCAACCCCAGGAAAGAUGUUCAUUUCAUGCCAUGUUCGGGACUUACUGGGGCCAAUCUAAAGGAGCCAGCGGAGUACUGCCCUUGGUAUACAGGGUUACCAUUCAUUCCACAUCUGGACAGUUUGCCAAACUUCAGCAGAUCAAGUGAUGGACCAGUCAGGUUACCCAUAGUAGACAAAUAUAAGGACAUGGGCACUGUGAUAUUGGGGAAAUUGGAGUCGGGAUCAAUCAGCAAAGCUCAGCAACUUGUGAUGAUGCCCAACAGGCACACUGUAGAGUUGCUGAGUUUGCUUUCUGACGAUGUUGAAACCGAUGAUGCUGGUCCGGGAGAGAACUUGAAGUUGCGACUCAAAGGCAUUGAAGAGGAGGAGAUCUUGCCAGGCUUCAUCCUCUGCAAUGCUGAGAACCUUUGCCACACUGGUCGCACCUUUGAUGCCCAGAUAGUCAUCAUUGAACACAAGUCAAUCAUCUGCCCAGGUUACAAUGCAGUUCUUCAUAUCCACACCUGCAUUGAAGAAGUGCAAAUUACGGCCUUAAUCUGUCUGGUAGACAAAAAGACGGGGGACAAGAGCAAAACACGACCCCGCUUCGUCAAACAGGACCAGGUGUGCAUUGCUCGCCUGAGAACAGCUGGGACCAUCUGCCUUGAGACCUUCAAAGAUUUCCCUCAAAUGGGACGCUUCACCUUACGAGAUGAAGGGAAAACCAUUGCCAUUGGGAAAGUGUUGAAACUUGUUGCAGAGAAGGACUGAAAAGAAUGAUUGGUGGUUCUGAAACGACUGACCGAGGCGGAGGUAGAUGCUGCUUCAGCCGCAGCACACUUCAUAGCCCUCCUGUCCUUUCUCCUCUCCGCCUCCCGAAGACCAGCUUAAAAAACUUCUCUUAAAGAAAUCAGUUUUUAAGCAAAUGAAAAUGAAAUCAAGUCCACAUGUGUCAGCUUUCUCAUAUUGAGAGCUCAGCGAUGCCAUUGUUUUAGGUUCUCCCCCAUGACCUGUCCUUCAUCCAUCUGCACAUGUUAAAUGGCAAGAGAUCUAGCUCUCUUCCAAACUUUUUUAUUUUUAGAAUUUUUCUUUUUGCUACCAUCAGAGAAAUAUAAUGGCAGCAGAUACAGUAAAUGUAUGUGGACCAAGAUUUGCUUGUUAACAUAAAGUGAUUUAUGAGCAGUAAAGUUCGAAUGAUUAAUCAAUUGAAACCAAAAUGUUAAUAUCUUGGUUGUACAUGUCUCCCAUUGUUUAUUCCCAUUUUGGUUUCUGUUCACAUAACGUUCUUGCAAAGUGCAUGAGCGUGUUCACGUUAUUAAAGCAUCUUCUAUGACAAUAAAAUAUUAAAUUGGGGAAAAAUGUAAUUGUUGAAUU